UGAGGGUGCCGCUCGCUCAGAAACCCAGUGUGUCUCCCCAGGUCUUUAGAGCUCGGAGCCGGCGUUUUAAUAAAUAAGCUUGGAGCCAAAGCGCUCCGAGAGCCCCGAGGUUCAGAGGAGCAGACUCGUAAACCCGGGCGGGAGGCGCCUCUUUAAUUCUUGCCAAAACCUGAUAAUUCUCAAACUGGAAAUACUGGAGCCACAGCCUUUAAACCAUUAAAUCCCCCAAGCUUUCUCGCUGUACCCAUUUUUUUUUCCUUUGACUUUUUUUCUUUCCUUUAAUUAUGAAAGUGGUCACGCCAUUCAAGAGUAAGACUUGGAAAGAAUUUGGAAAAGAAAAGAAAGAAUCAAAAAGAAGAGACGCCGCUGGCGCUUUUGAGGGUGCCUAAUUUUAAAAAGGAUUUCGCACGGGGUGUUUGGAACAACUUCGCGGGGCGCGGCGCUCGCUGGUCAUGGACGUUCCAGGUAACCAAACACGGACCCUGCCCUCCGGGAUCCUCGCGUUGGGCUUGCGUAUACUUUAAUCAGGACAGGCACGAGUGCGUUCUAGGGGAGGAGGGCGGGAAGACGAACCCCUGAUCCCUUUGUGCCUGGACGGAGGACAGCAGACAUAUUGAGGAAGAACUUCCCUCUUCUUGGAAAGAGCGGUGGAAGAGUUGCUGCUCGGCUGGAGGCGGUCUGCUGGCGCCUUCCUCCUGAGGAGCUCCCUGACCCUGACCAUCAAAGAGGGGUGCCCAGCCCGGAGGAAGCCACUCCCGCGCAGCGCGUUCCUGCGCGCCCUUUGGCGCUUCUCCUGCGCCAACUGCUCCCGUCCCGGCUGCUCCCGCCCCCAGCCCAGCCGCCCCCCAGCCCAGAUGCCAACGCCGGGCAGGGGCGUCAGUGGGCGGCGGUUGGCCAUGCCCCGGCGCCGGGGGGCGCUGCGGGAGCCGGCUGACUGCGGCUCCUGUCUGGGGGCGGCGCUGGCCUUGCUGCUGCUGCUGCUGCCCGCCUGCUACCCCGUGCGGGCGCAGAACGAUACGGAGCCCAUCGUGCUGGAGGGCAAGUGCCUGGUGGUGUGCGACUCCAGCCCCUCGGCGGACGGCGCGGUCACUUCCUCCUUGGGCAUCUCCGUGCGCUCUGGCAGCGCCAAGGUGGCUUUCUCCGCCACGCGCAGCACCAACCACGAGCCGUCGGAGAUGAGCAACCGCACCAUGACCAUCUACUUCGACCAGGUGUUAGUAAAUAUUGGCAACCAUUUUGAUCUUGCCUCCAGUAUAUUUGUAGCACCGCGAAAAGGGAUCUAUAGCUUCAGCUUCCACGUGGUCAAAGUGUAUAACAGACAAACUAUCCAGGUCAGUUUAAUGCAAAACGGCUACCCAGUGAUUUCAGCAUUUGCAGGAGACCAGGAUGUAACCAGAGAAGCAGCCAGCAACGGUGUCCUGCUGCUCAUGGAAAGGGAAGACAAAGUGCACCUCAAACUGGAGAGGGGCAACCUCAUGGGGGGCUGGAAAUACUCCACAUUCUCGGGCUUCUUGGUUUUUCCUUUAUAGACACAGAGCCCCCGGAUGGUUGGGGAAGUUGCAAUCUGGAUCCAGGAAUCCACCCUUCAUAAUACCCCGAACUUGCCAGAAUAGGACAACCUGGUUCCAACUUCCGUCAGACUGUUGCAGUAGAAGAGUGAUUCCUUCUGAAUCUCCAGUAUUUUCUUUGAAUAUUGACAAUUCCUCGGGAACCUGGCCUCUAAUUAGUUUUAGACCACAAGGUCUUAAGGAGAAAUGAAAUUAUUGAUUCGAGCAAUUUGUACCUGUGAUUGUAAAGUCAAUAUUGGAUUUUAUUGUUGGGACCAUCAACUUACCUUUUUUUUGUUUGUACGUUGUGUCAUUAUCCCAAGGCAAGAGAGCCCAGGAUCCCAGGAGGGACUCCAGGCUGCAGUCAGGGCUCACAGCAAGAGCCAAGCAAGGAAGCACCUGCUGGAAAGUCCUUGACAUGUGUUCUGUGUGUCUGUAUAGCCUUAAGAAAAGGAAUGGCUUCACUUUCAUUCUGUAUUUUUCCCCUGGGUAAAUGGGAGGAUUUGGGAGGGGGAUGAGGCCAUUGUGAAUCUGUCAAGAAGUGCUUUAUCCGGAGAAGCAAAUUUGCACGAUUGGACUGCAACUUUUGUUUUGCAUUGUUUGUGGGUUUUUUUUUUUUUCCUCCAGAAGUUUACUUUCCUUUCCAUGCUAGGCUGUCUCCCCUCAGCCGCGCUUUGAAUUUUCACGCCGGGGUAUUGGAGAAAAAAAUGUGUGUUGAGUUCAUGGAUGAGAUUAAACAAAACAAAAUCUGUAUGUUUUGCUUUGGAUGAGACCAAAUCAAGCAAAAAGUAUUUGUCAGAGUAACAAUAGCAAAUGGACAAUUCUGCUUACUCACUCCAAGAGUCUCAGCUGCACCUUUAGAACUGCAACCUGGAUUUUAUUUAUUUAGUUUUUUAAAUUUACACUCUGGAAUCCCUUAAGAACUUGGCAUUCCUGGGUGGGCCUGAAUUAUGUAGGAGCUGAAGCUCUGAUGGUCAAAUUCCCUAAACAGUUUUUCUACCGUGCGUUUUACUUUAUUUGGAUCCACCUCUAAGUGAGCAGCGCACAGUGAUCAAGAGUGUAAAAGCAAACAGGACCAGCCCCUCUUCCGUGGCUCUUCCUUUGAUCUACCAUGGAAAGGGAAGUGUUGACACUUGCCAGGGAGCAUCUGGCAAGAAGCCAACUGGAAGUCACAGUGGUUAAGAUAUUGGCUGAGGCGCCCAGGAGUGGUUUUGCAAAUCCCUAUUAUUUUGCACCUUGUAUAACAGUGUUAUUAAGACUCGGCUGAGAGUUGAUUGGUAUAGGUUUCCUACGCCAAGGACAUGUCAGCAAUCCCAAAGCAAUCAAAGAUGAGACCUCAAACCAGAUGUUAAUUUGUCCUUUGUGUAACAAUGUAACCAAAAUAUUGAUGAUAAAAGCUCAUAAUUUAAGAUUCAGAAUAAAUGGGUUUGAUGUCUGACUUUCUCUGAUCCCUGCACAUCGUCUCCCAGCUCUCAGAAUAAUGAUGAAAUAUCAGGGACUUGGGGAUGUCAAAUCCUUGCUGUGUCUCUUUGAAAGGCACACACACAAACACACACCCAUGUGUGCAGAUGCUGCAGUGGGUGUUGCUGGAAACCGCACACGUAGACACAUUUAAUUUAUACUGAACAUAUUUUUCAAACGAGGAGCUUUGGGGGAGAUAAGUGACAAAGACAGAACAGAACAUUUUAUAGGCGAGGAGUCUGCUUCUAUCACGCUUUGGACAUGGUAUCAGCUCCAAUCCAACAUUUCAAUCAGUGUGAGUAAUAUAAAAGAGACCAACAUUUGCAACAGCACGAGUGGUCUCCAAAUUGUAUGUGAGGAUGAGGAGGCUUUAGGUUUCAUUGUUAAAUAGUGAAUGCAGUGGGGCUCUGUAAAUGAGAAAAUAGAUUGUUUAAAGGCUUUAAUUUCACUGUACUUCAAAGAAGACCAUAGUAGGAUGCAGAAUUUAAUUUGAGUUAAAUGCUGUUAUAUUUUGUGUGGGAAGAAGUCAAGCAGAAAACACGUGUGUGAUGUUGGCUCUGUGUUAGGAGCUGCACUUCAGACAGGGAACACUGCUGGUAACAGGGCAGCAGGAGUAUGUGUGCACUGACUUACUGCUCUUAGUUAUUUUAAUGCUCUUUCUUUAAUUUCCUUUACUUUAUGUUCAAUUUAAAACAUACCGAUAAUCUCAUUGGUUGAAACUAAUGGCACCUCAGAAAUUGAAAGAUACAUGACUGUUUGUUAUUUUUAUCCCUUAAUAAUGUUUAGUACACAUAUUUGUUCCUUUUUAUACUGGUACUGCAUACAGAUUAUUAAGUUAUACUAUCUAAUAAAUGAUGUUAAAUUGGCCAAUCUAAAUAUAUUUCAGGAGUUUAUUUUAUAGUAGAAAAAAACUUCAUCCUUGUCAUUCUCUUAUCCUUUUCUCUUAUCUGCUCUGACAUGGAUGCCAAAAACUACAUUAAGUAGAAGCUACUGACAGUGUCUCUGAAGCUGUUUACCAUCCACGGCAGCGUCUGCCAAGGCUGUGUUUGGCUCAGGGUCUGUGAGAGAGACAAAGCUCCUUGGUAUGGGCUAUGAAAAUAUAUAGGUCAGACCAAAUGUUGAGAUGUAUUCUCUUUAAUUGGAUGAGAGAAAGCGUCUGUAUCCUUCUGAGGCCCAGCUCAGCAAUCCUAGCUCCAAUCUCGGUUUUCCUCCCUGAACAGCAAGGGCCACUCAGUCAGCCCGCAUCACAGAGCCCUUGUGAGGACCUGUGAAAUGCUCUGAAAAUUGGAAGCCCUGCAAUAAUGAGGCCUGAUUCAGGCAGGGGGGAUGUUUCCGAAAAAAAAAAAAAAUAAAAAUAAAUAAAUAAAGAAAAACCAGGUUUUUCAACAUGCAGUUUAUGAGAAUCAUUUAAAAUGAAUAUCUGACAGGAGGGCAAUUUUACAUGAAAGUAAAUUUCCAUAUUCCUCAACAGACUGUUAAAACUGUUGUACUAUAUUGGAUUUUCUCUUAAUUUGAUUUUUAGCAAUGAUGAUCAUAUCACAUUCCAUACAUUUUUCUAUUUAAUUCCACUCUCAGUUGUGUUAUUCACCUUUUCUGGUUCCUGCUCACCUUUGUGUGCCAAUAUAUUCUGCCAAUAUUAUAUAAAAAUAUACAACUGUAACAUUUUUGACAUAAGUAACAAAGAUAAUAUUAUUAAUGUAAGUAAUAUUAUGGCACUUGAAUACUAAGUGGUUUUAGUUGAUUAGUGUUAGCUGCACUAAAUUGUAAAUGCUUUUAAAGCAAUACAAUUUUCUUAACUUAAAAUAUAUUCUAAUUUGAAAUACAACCUGGAUGACUUAACUUUAAAUCUUGAGAAACUGUGUUUCCCAUCUAUAAUUCCUAAGCUUUUUUGCAUCCCAGUAUUUUUGAUAUAUGUGUUCAUGUAUAAGUGAAAUUAUCUAUGUUUUUACAGAGUACGGCUACUCAGAGUAACAGUGAUACAAACCUAUUGAAUAUUAGCAUGAAUUCAUGGAACUCUAUAGAGAUUUUAUACAUUUACUUAUUUAAAAAAUUUUAGCUAAACCAAGUUAUAUCAAGCAUCAGAAGAACUAGAAAAUAUACACAAAGUUAAAUAAAACCUUUGCUGAAUAUUUAAUAUUGUGGCAUUAUUUUGAUAUCAAGUAAAUUAUAGUGGUUAUAUAUUUAGUAACUAUUAUGUAUAUAUUGUUUGCCUGUGAGUACAUUUGACAUAUAUACCUGAUCUUUAAACAUGGUAAUAUAAUAAAAAUACAUGCAUUGGUUA